CGGCGCGGUGCUUCAUCUGUUUAAUUCCAAGUGAGAUCUCCACUGCUUCGUUCGAAGUUUUCCCUCGUUGCGGCCCGUCUCAUGAGACGGCGAGACGCGGGGACCGAAAUCCGCGCAGGGACGACCGCGCGUUAUGGAGCCGCCUAAUUAAAGAUUCGGGCGAUUCUGUGCGACUCAUACGUCACUGCGCUGUCAUCGAGGAAGGACCCCGAGACACCGUGUGUCACUUGCGCGAGACUUGGCACGCGUGGCCACGGCGACAGCGGCGGCGGUGUGGUGGUAAACGGAGGCAACAAGGAGAGACGAUGUCCGCGCGCGUCUUUGUGUGGAAGCCUCAGUGUCCCGUUGCGGGCUGGCCCGUUCGUGUCACGGUAUUUGUGUCGUCGCUCUGCACUGCAUGUCGCUACCGUCGUAACAGCGUACUUACGAGCGAGAGAGAGAGAGAGAGAAAGAAAGAAGAAGACUAGAGAAAGAGGGAGUUGCGAGAAAGAAGGGAAAGAGAGGGAAGAAGGAGAGAGAGGACGGCCGACACUAGUGGUGCGUGUACGUGAGACAGUUGUUCGCUCUCGCGUUCUCUGUGUGUCGUCGGCCAAAAAUAGACAAAUGUACGACGAGCGCGCGUCGUCGCCGUCGGUGGUUCUUCGUAUCUUCUUCUUCCUCUGCUCGUCGACGACGAUGCUGCUCGACUGUUGAGAGGAGAGCGAGGCUGCAGCGACGAAAUCAGCGACUAUCUCCGGGGGAGAUGGAGGUUCUUAAGACGUCCCAGGAGAUCGUCCACGAAGGAUGGCUCAUCAAAUCGCCUCCUACGAAACUCUGGAGAGCGCGGUGGAGGAAACGCUGGUUCGCUCUUCGUCAUAGCGGCGAACUACCUGGUCAAUACUUUUUGGAAUAUUACACAGACAAGCGCUGUCGCAAACUCAAGGGUCGUAUCGAUCUGGAUCAAUGCGAACAGGUGGACGCUGGCCUCCGUUUUGAGAAUCGUAAACAGAAAUACCAGUAUAUGUUCAACGUUAAGACACCCAAACGGAUCUAUUAUUUAGUGGCUGAGAAUGAAACCGAUAUGAACAAGUGGGUGGAUGCUGUGUGUCAAGUUUGCGGUCUGAAAGCGUACACUCAGGAUGAGGAGCAACAAAUGUUUCAAUACGAGUCCCAAGAAUCGCCACCGACUUCACCCACUAGUACGAUCUCCGGUCCGUACAUUCCCAUUAGCGAGUGCAUUUCUGGUCGUCGGCUCAAUGACACCAGUUCCUUGAACUCAGCCCUUGGUCAAGGGCCUGAGCAUUACGAUGCCCCGAGAAGAUUGGCACCCUCGCCGCCUCGAUCGCCAACGACGACGGACGCCGAGAGUGUGUUUACUGAUGACGAGUGGACAACGCCUGUGCCCAGUGUGAACUGGGAUACGUUUCCUUCGACGGGUGACUCACGACCAUCUCAUGGCUUGAGUGACGCCGAGAUCGGUUCGUGGAGUGUGAAGAAACGCUUUGGGAAACUUAAGAUCGUCGACUCGGCCGUGCCGCCGGCCGUUGAAAAAUUGCCAGCUCCGCCUAGACCACCGAAACCGCCCCAUAUGUUACCGGAGAACCCUGGGCAUAAUUAUUUGAACCUGGACGGCGCCACCGAGAGCUCGAAACCGACCACUCCGGCGACGCCGGCGCCGACAACGCCAGCCGCGACCGCCGCUGUGACCGACGAGUCCUACGAUUUUCCGAGAUCUCAUCAACCGGCGCAAUCAACGGCGAGCGUGGAGAACGCAGUGGUCGACCAGUCGUCAAAACAUUUCUACUCGAACGCCGCGCCGAGCACUGUCGAUGACAAUGCGCAAGUGUUUCGUUACGAUUUCCACGAGGACGAACCGCCGAGUCCGCGAUCCGAAAGUUCGACCACCGCGACCUAUUCAAAUCUGCCGAGCCCGCUCGUGCGAGACGGCACAAGCGCCGUUCCGACUACUAUGGCGAUGCCGCCGCCGAUGGUCUACCGAGAACUGAAACCGGGUAGGAAGACCAGCGACUCGACGUCCGUCGUCAGCAAUGAGCCGUCCCCGGGUCCUACGGUAGCAGUGAACGAGAUAAGCUCCACCGAGCAUUCACCGGCCGAGCCGCCGAGCAUCAACAGGAAGUUGAAGCCGCCAUUGAACAAAUCGCCGGUGGAGGGACCCUUGCAACUAGCCUCUCCUCCUGGCAAAGGAAGGAUGAGAGCAGCGCCUAGCCCAACGCCCCCGUCGCACGUGCAUGCGACACGUCAUCAAUCAACAUCAGACGAAGACAAUAAUGCCUUCGAAGAUAAAGAGGAGAUAUACUAUUAUCAAGAUCACGACACGUUCAUUCCCGCGUCCAAUCGUCGCUUAGUUGUGCUGCAAUAUCUCGAUCUCGAUCUGGAGGCGACGGAGAGUUUCAGCUCGUCGACGUUACCAUUGGCGCAGUCGCCGCCGAACACGACAGUGUACAAAACUGUAGAUUUCCUGAAGACCGAGGCUUUCAAUCGCACUCGACAGCGGGUCGAACGGGAGAGGAAACGAUGCACGGAUGGUUAGCGUAAGAUCGUUGUAUUAUACAGUGCUGGAUGAAUCAUGCGGGUAUCGAGUAGACUAAAGCCCACGGCACAUGGUGCAUUUUUGCCUGCUGUUACCGUGUGCAAUGCUGACGGUGCUGCUGGUUUGGCUUUACACGGUGCGAGUUUUCGUAUUAGUCUGAUAUAAGGCCGGUAUUCAUAUUAGGAUCUCUCUUAUAUUUAAGAUCGCCUUAAAUUUACCUUCAGAUACUUUGCAACCAGUGAAAUGUUCCGUACUAUCGCUGCGUGAAUCACUGCGUGAUUCUAUUUUUAAUUAUGUGACUUAAGGCGUGUCCUAAUGGGCUUUCGCAGUGAGCAGCAUAGGACCAUGCCAGAAAAAUAGCACCUAAUCUAUCAUGGAUAUCCAGCAAGCUAGCCAGCACAGGAACAAACUGUUUAGCAGGCAAAAACGCACUAUGUGCCAUGGAUAUAAAACCCUAUCUACAAUAGAUGUAGUAAGCCAUUGAUUUUUGUUCUAAACUGUGACUUGAUUUCUAACGAAAGGUGUUUCUCGCGUUAUCAGGCGUUGCAAUUUCUAAGUUUUAAGCGUUAUUACGAUUUUUGGUAGCUCAAAAAAUAUGUUUUGCCAUAGAUUAAAGUUGAAUUUGCAAUAGAUGUAGCGAACUUUUGGUCCCAGUCAAACAUUAGGUUUUUAUAGCCUUAAGACCCACUUAUGCAAGCCGUAAACCGUCAACUUAUGCCAGAACUGUAAGAAAUUGAUCAGUAACAAUUGAAUGUGAAAAGAAUAAUUGAAUGUGAUCGGUCAAUUUCUUACGGUGUUAACAUAAGUUAACGUUUUACUACAUAAAUGAGCCUUUAAGAAAUUUACUGAUCAUAGUCGAAUGUGAGGAGAAUAAUCGAUUGUGAUUAGCCAAUUUUUUGAGACUUGGCUUAAAAUAUUUAUCGUAGACCGGGACUUAGCCUUUUGCUUUAAGUAUUAAAUUGUAACAUAACUUCUAGCAAAAAGCAUUUCUAGCGCUAUCAGACAUCGCGAUUCUUAAGAUUUAAGCGUUAUUCCGAGUUUAGGUUCCGCAAAAAACGUCUUAUAACUAGUCGAUAAAACCGGUCUAACGCCCAUUCUACCAUUAUGGUUUAAAUUUAAUGGACGAUUAUCUCAUUGGAAUUGACCAAUCACAUUCAUCAAUUUAGCUAAUUGGUCAAUGCGACUGGUCAAUUCCCUUAAGCUAAUCAUCGAUUAGACUUAAACCAUGAUAAAAACGGGCAUAAAUCACAGUUUAGAGCUUGGUGCAAAAGACGAAAAGUGAAAAAGACUUACUAUGCUUAUUGUAAAUCGAGCCUAAGGAGUUUUUAUAACGAACUUCCUGUUAUGUAAUGAAGAGAGAUAGAAAGAAAGUCGGGAGACUUUCUUAUAUUCAAGCAUUAUACCGCGUAUGUAAAACAGUACGGCAACAAUGUAGUAUAUCUCCCGAACGAAAGACUGCGAUGUCACAACGCAGUACUUACCGCAAGACGGCAUCCAGUGCUUUUGCAAAGCGUAUCUCAUCAUUUACGUUUAGCAGCGGUUUGCUUCAUAAAUUGGCUAUGCAGUUAGGAGAAAGAUCGGUUAUCGAAGCGUUGUACAGCAAUAUAAAAUGGACCAAAAAUCUAAUGUUAUUAGGUAAGGAAGAGAACGACGGGCGAUGAGCGAGGGAGAACGCCUUUGCAUCGAUCGCCGUUUUCGAGAGAGAUUCCUUGACUCGGGACCUCCUCGAUUAGAUUAAGUAUUAUACAAAUCGUAAAAAAAAAUCUUAAAUUUGGGUACAAUUAAUGGUUUUACGUUAGUUUUACUGUAGAAUUACCGCGCAAGGCAUUUUUAUCGUGCAACGUAUGCUUAAUUAGCGGAUUUAUUUAGCGAAAUCUAUGAUGGAUUUUGUUAAUUAAAUCCGUUCAUAUUAAGGAUGUCCUAUUUUUUAGUACUAGAUAAAUAAUAUAUGAUAUUUUUUUAUCGUAUCGCACGCCAAACGCAAUCCGUUUCACCAAGGUAAUCGAAGAUAUUUUACAGUGAAGAUAUUUAUACGGCAUCAGAAGAAUCGUCGCAGUUACGACGUCAGCGAGAUUGCACUAAAAAAUAUCAGAUUUUAAUACAUGUUACAUAGAUUUUAUCGUCAGAGACUAGUCUAAUGUGAUUAUUGACUACUUCGAAUAUACCACAUGCCUUGGUUUAUAAUAUUGUUGACACAAAGAUACUUUUAAAUUUUUAUUGACACUUUAAAUUUAUAUUUUGCAUUUUAUUUCGU